CAAGUAAACAUAUAAAAUUUUAAAGAUACAUAAAUAUUUGAUGUGUUGAAGUUAAAAUUUACAUUGACAUAAUUUCAGUAUUGUUCUUGCUUUCGGUAACAGCAAAUUAUAUCGCUCGUAUCGCUGAAGUAUUAAAUUUGAAAUAAAUAUUGAUAUAUCAAUUGUUAUCCUGUGCACAGUUAAGUGGCCGGUAUUUAAAAAAUUUGAAUUUCAAAUAUUUGAUUUAUUGUGAAUAAGUACUUCUGUACUUAUCGAUAAACUUUACUUCAUUUCUUCGAAACACAAUUUUUGUUGGUUGGCGAGAACUAAAAAGUAGUUAGAAGAUUAAAAAAUUAUUUGUGCUUUAAGUUGUUUAGUUGACAUAUAAUGGAAGCAGAAAAUUUAACUGGUAAAAUGCCAAUACAACUUGAUGUUGUACCUAAUAAUAAGGGUAAGGUUGACAACGUGACAGUCGACAUAAACGCUAAAGUUGCAACGCCUAAUAAAGGUGAUGUAGUAUCCGAGGUUAGUACGGAUACUAUUAUUGAGCCAGAAAAAUCCAACGAUGUUCAUCCAGCAGUAUUAACUUUGUCUGAUACAGAGGAGCCAUCACAGCCAGCUAAAUCGAGCAAGAAACGCAAAAGCACAAGUUCUUUUUCGACAUCUGUAUACGAUGAUCAAAUAUUAAAGCGACGUAAAAUUAAAGUCGCUGGUGCUCCAAAGAUGCCGGUGACAGGAUAUGUGCGUUACAUGAAUGAGAGACGUGAAACCAUGCGAAAGGAAUUUCCUACCAAGACGGCUAUGGAACACACCAGAAUGAUUGCUGAAGAAUGGGGGCAACUAUCAGAAGAACGGAAAGCUCCCUACAUUAAAGCAGCAGCAAUAGAAAGAAAAAAAUAUUUAGCUGAUUUACAAGUCUUUCUUAAAGCCCAUCCUGAUGUGCUAGCUAGUGAAUUGGCUAAGAAUAAACCAAUACGUAAAGGUGAAAGCAAGACUGUGCUGAAAGAAAAACAACAAUCAAAUGGUAACAAGUCCGUUGGUAAAGAAAAUGAUAAGGAGAAGUUGAAUACGCAAGAAAAAGAGUUAACACCAUCACCACCAAUUCAAGCAACAAUACAAAAUCGUGAUAAAACUAAACGUAAACGCACACCUACACCAGUUAAUAACAAUACCAAUAACAACAGCACUAACAAUAGUAAUGUAUCUGCUUUAGCUGCUACCGUGCCUGGUGAGAUAACAAUAUUCACUAAUGAAUUUCUGGACCAUAAUAAAGUACACGAUAUGGAACUUCGCACACUACGUAAAUCUAAAGCGGAUUUAGAGCAACAAAAUGCUGUACUAGAGAAGCACGUGGAGAAUAUGAAAUUUGGAGUUGAGAAAAUGGCUAAUGAAAACAAUGAACUGGAGGAAAAGAAUCGUUUGCUGGAACUUUAUUUAGGUAAAUUAAAAGUUAAAUUAGCUCAUGCAUUUGCUACUUUGCCAUUGCCAAUGGAACCUAAUGGUGCUAAUACUGAUAAUAUUGAAAAAUAUAUGAGCGAACUAUAUAAAAUGGCCACCUCCAAUACUCAUGGACCUGCUUGUUUAAAUAAGGCAAAGGAUAUUUUGCGUAAAUUAGACUUACAAAUACAAUUGUAAGUAUCUUUAACCUCCAAUCCAACAUAUCAAAGGCUGAUGAUUUGUAAGUUUAUUUAUUAAUAAGUGUAUUUAUUUAAUUAUUUAUGCAAUAAUUAUAUAUACGCA